AUUUAUAUAACCAGUCACAUCAUAGCACACUUUUGUUGGCGAAGCCGUCACAUUUGAGUCUCACCCUUCCACAACUUGUUUCGUAAAAUGGAGCGUUAGUCGUCUUCUUCUUCUUCCUCCUCUCUCUCACAACACAAUUAUCUACCCAUUUCUUCGUCAUUCUUAGAUUAAACAAAUUCAAUUUCUAGUUGACCCGUUUCGAUUCACGCAGUCUUUCAGCAUUUCAAAGAAAAUUUCUAGGGUUUUGAUUCGUAAACAAACUUUUGAUAAUGGACCCGGUAGCCCUCGAUAGGAUAAUCGAACGGUUAAUUGAAGUUCGAUCGACUAAACCAGGGAAGUUGGUGCAGCUCUCAGAGGCUGAAAUCAAGCAGCUUUGUGUUGCCUCUCGUGAAAUCUUUAUGAAACAACCUAAUCUUCUUGAACUCGAAGCCCCUAUCAAGAUUUGUGGCGACAUUCAUGGACAAUACAGCGACCUAUUGCGACUCUUCGAAUACGGAGGGUUUCCCCCCCAAUCCAAUUACCUUUUUCUCGGCGAUUAUGUCGAUCGAGGCAAACAAAGUCUGGAAACAAUAUGUCUCUUGCUUGCUUACAAAAUCCGGUACCCUGAAAACUUCUUUCUUCUCCGAGGAAACCAUGAAUGCGCUUCAAUAAACCGGAUUUAUGGGUUUUACGAUGAAUGUAAGCGCCGAUUCAAUGUGAAGCUAUGGAAAGCUUUCACAGAAUGCUUCAACUGUCUCCCUGUCGCUGCACUUGUCGAUGAUAAGAUCUUGUGUAUGCAUGGUGGACUCUCCCCUGAUCUUUCCGAUUUGGAUCAAAUCAGAAACUUACAGCGACCAACUGCCAUUCCCGACACUGGAUUGCUUUGUGAUUUAUUGUGGUCGGAUCCUAGUAAAGAUGUGAAAGGAUGGGGGAUGAAUGAUCGUGGGGUUUCUUACACUUUUGGUCCCGAUAAGGUGUCAGAGUUUUUGACAAAACAUGAUCUUGAUCUUGUUUGUCGUGCUCAUCAGGUUGUGGAAGAUGGGUAUGAAUUUUUUGCUGAGAGGCAACUUGUUACAAUAUUUUCGGCUCCAAAUUAUUGUGGGGAGUUUGAUAAUGCGGGUGCAAUGAUGAGUGUGGAUGAGAAUUUGAUUGUAUUUCCCAAGAUAAUGUUGGUUUUGGAGAAGAAGAAGAAGAAAAAAAAAGUGGGUGUUGCUCUUAGUUUUAUGAAGAUUCAAUCAACUGUUGCAUUUGUGUUGAAACUUGAAAGAAAUGAUGAAGAAUGAGGGAGAAGAGGAGAAAAAUUGUGUUUUAAAAGCUACUACUUACUUACUCUAUUGAAUGUGUCUUGUCUAUAUUUAGCUUUAGUAGACAUUGUGAAUGCUUUUCAUCAUUUUGGAAAAUUGCCAUUAAAACAAACUUGUAGCUGUUCCAUUAACUAAUCCAGAGAGGGCAAUUUGGGUAUUCUUUGUUUAUGUCUGUCAUCUUGAUUUUGUUCAAUCUUUUGGGUACACCAAGGAUCUUAACAUGUUAUGAAUGAAACCAUAUGGUGGAAAACAUUUUACAAAUAAAGUGUUAAAUAUGAC